AUGCAACGUUUGCGAGCCUGCUGUGAGGCGCACUGCAAGCAGCAGGAAACGAAAGCAAAGCCAUCAUAUAGAUCUGACAGAGUUUCUUCUGUGGAGCGGAGCUUGAGCGCGCAAUCAGGGUCCCUUGACGAGAGCGGUGCAGUCGUGCGUGGUGGCCGGAACCCCCAAGGCCAACCCGCUAGGCAUUGGAUCCCAGGAAUCUUCGUGGCUUUGUGCUGUGUUGGCCUUCAGCUGGCGCUGCUGCCGCCACCCUCCCUGGCGCUCAUCGCGGCGUCCGACCCGGACAUGGACACGUUUGAGAAUGUGCCCUCACAGCUGAGCGCCUCGGGCGAGACGGCGGCAGCGCCUCUGAGCAGCGUCGUGAGCGGCCCUAAGAAGCGGGAGAUAGAGGGAUGCAUACGGAAGUGCGUUCCUACUUGCAUACGAGGGGGGGGAGGCGCACCCGGGCUGGGCCCCAUCAGCGUGAGGAAGGAGAUCGUGGUGUUCAAGGAGGGCUUCCGGUCAAGACAGUAUUGCCUGUCGGAAUGUGCACAGCUUGAUGGACGGCUCCACUGCUCCUGGUGGGCUGUCUUCAGUCCCACCAUCAUCAACCACCUGCUACAUAUACCCAUGCAGCUGCUGGUGCUGUCGCUAGCGGACUACAUGGUGUACAAGCAGAUCGGGCCGCCCCCUGCGUCCACCGCCAGCCCGGGACUGGUGUUGCAGUACACCAUCCUGCGGCACGUGAGGGUGAGGUCCCACAGGGUGGACUGGACAAACAAUGCGCUGGAGUCCACGGCGAUAUUCCUUGCCAAGAUGUUGUUUUGUAAUGCGCUGCAGCGGGGCACUUUGAAGAGCACUCCGUUGCGACUCAUGUUUACACCCAUCUGGGCCUGCUGGGUGAUCACCUUCAUGCUGCUGUGCCUCAAGGACCGCACCGAGAGGAUGUUCGGCUCCAGUCGGGACCUCUUCUUCAUCUUCCUGCUGUUCGUGGCCUUCAAGGUUGAUGACGGCAGCACCUUUUCAUGGCGCGUCGUGUUCCUGGUGCCCUGGAUGUGGUUCAGCGGGCUGCUGCUGGUGGCGGCGAUGGUGUUUAGUUUGCUGAUGUGCUUCAAGGUUUGGGCAAGGCCCCGGGAGCUGCUGCUGCCCAUUGGCUUCCUGCUGCUACUGCUGUCUACCGUACCCCAGUUUGUGUCGUACAUUGCACUUGUACGGCGACUCGAUGAGGAGGAGGAUAGCAGCGAGGAUGGCACCGGCCAUAAGACCAGUGUCGCGAGCAUCAUGUGGCCCAACGCGCUGUCCUGGUUCCUGAUGUGGCUGUCGGCGGUGGUCAUUGCGGUGGCGCUGCGGCUGAAGGAGGCGGUGCGGGACGCGCUGCUGGCUCGCGGGGCGGUGUGGACGGCGCACGAGGCGAUGGCGAGGAGGCUGCAUGCGGAGCGUGAUGAGGCGCAACGCCGAGUGGCUGAGCUGUCGGAGGAAGAGAUGUCGAGGCUGGUGGAGUCCUUGAUGGCGGGGAAGUCAAAGCCCGGCCGCCUCAAACGUGUGGGGGAUAACCUCUACAAGCGGAUAGCCUCCCUGGAGCUGGCACUGGCGGAGCAGGCGGCAGCGGCAGCGGCAGCGGCAGGAGGGCAGUCGCGACCGCUAAGCAGGAGCGCCAGCAACGCCAGCGCCACCAGCAGACGUGUAGAUGCCGGUGGCAGCGGCGGCAGAGCAGCAGCUAGGGGGGCCUCGCGAGCGACGUCUUUGGCCGCCGCCGCCGCUGACGCCGCCGACGGGAAGCAAGACGUGGUUUCGGAACUGGGCGGCGCUGCACAGCUGUCGGCGGCUGGAGUCUCAGCUACGGCAGCGACGGUGGCAGGAGUGGCUGCUUCUGGUACGGCUGGUACGGCUGCUGGUGUGGGUGGUGUUGACGGCGGUAGCUCUCGCGCGGCUGGCCGGAGCGGUGGCGGUCGCGGUGGUCGCGCCGGCGCUAUGUCGUUUCGGCACAACCGGGUGGCACCGGCACCGCCUCCUGCUGCUGCUGCUGCUGCUGGUGGUGGUACGGAGGGGUCUCCCAGCAGCGGACAAGCAACAGCUGCGGCAGCUGAGGCCGCCGCCGCAGCGGGAGGGUCGGCGGCGGCUGGGGUUUCUGUAUCCGGGCUCCCAGUGCGCCCCGGGUCUGUUGCGAGUGCGGCGGCGGCCACCCGGCUGCGGUCGGGGGGUAGCAGGAGCUGCUUUAUGUCGGGGGCGGCUGAGGGGGAGAUUGCGGCGGCUGGGGGGCUGGAUGGGCGCGAUGUGGAGAGGCCCAAGUCGACAGCGUCUUGGCAGCCAAACGCUCCUGCCAAGGGGGCGGGCGCGGCGGCGGGGACAGCGCCGACAACGGCAAUGCGGCCCUCCUCGCCGGCUGCGGCCGUGGCGGCGGCAGCGGCGGCGGCGGCGGCUAGCACCUCGCUUGGGUCAGUAGCUACACCCGCACCACGUGGCGCUGCCGCUGAUGGAAUCGGCAGUAUCGCCGUACCGGCCGUACCGCAAGCGGCAGGAGCAUCGACGGCCAUAGCUGUGGCUGCUGCGGCACCGCCCGGGUCUAGGGCCCGGAGCGCUCCCGAGGUCGCGGAGCCGGAUGAGCCUGAGAACCCGUGCGUCAUCUGUUACGACGGCGAGGCGACUUGCGUGUUUUUGGAGUGCGGCCACGGCGGCUUCUGUCGGCGCUGCGCCUACCUCAUGUUCGUCCGUCCGCCCAGCGAGUGCCCUUCAUGCCGAGCGACCAUAGAGCAGGUGGUGGAGGUGGAGCCGGGGGCCGCGGUGGGGCAGGUGGUGCAGGUUUCAUUUCAGAUCUACCCGGGGGGACUUAGGUCUACGGGGAUGCAGGAGGGGGAGGAGCAGGAGGGAGAGGGAAUAAGGGGUCUUUGA